CGCUACAACCGCACAUUCGUUCGGCGUAGACAUACAUUUUCGAAUCAAUACGACAGAAUAGUACCGAUAAAUCACGAUCGUAUUCUUUAAUUCAAUGGUCACCUAGUAGUAUCUACGUGUAGGCAAUUUAGGUGCAUCAGGCUGGAGAUAGCGACCGACUCCCUAUACUUCCCUCCCUCUCCGUACCUCCCCUUAAUACAUCACACGACCUCAUUCGAACCGUCACCAUGCCGUCCAUUCUCAGCGAAGAGGACAAGGAAACCGUUAGACGAGUGGUGCCCAAACAAACGAACAAAAUCCAUGCUGUAGCUGUUGCGAAAUUAUACGUCGCAUAUCCAAACCCUGCGAAAUGGACCUACACCGGCUUGCAAGGAGCUAUCGUGCUCUCCAACGAUCUAGUAGGAAACACAUAUUGGUUGAAAUUAGUUGAUGUAUCUCCUGCUGGUCGAGCUGUUAUAUGGGACCAGGAAAUAUUCGAAAACUGGUCUUACAACCAGGACCGAACCUUCUUCCAUACCUUCGAGCUCGAGGACUGCUUAGCGGGCUUAUCCUUCGUCGACGAAAAGGAAGCUAAACAAUUUAAGAAGAAGAUGGACGAGCGAGAGAAAAAUGCUUCUAAGGCCACAAGAAAUACACCCUUUGGCGGAGCUACGCAACAGCCUGUUAAGACUGGAUUCUUUGGGAGCAUUUUUGGAGGACAUAGACAUUCCUCAGCUCCUACACCACCCGAAUCACCUCGAAACGGCCUCCCACAUUCCCACUCGCACGAGAGAACACCUUCAGGAAACGGCAAUGGUUUCCACAAACCACCAUCCAGGUUUGCCAAGCUAGAGGCAUAUGAUCCAAACUGGCGAGAAAACUUCGGAAAUUUCCUUUCGGAACAAGGGCUCACAGACGAGUUCAUAAGAGAGAACCAGGACUUCAUCGUCGAAUUUUUGAAAGAACAAGGCGGCGCGAUACCUAGUAACGGAAGUACAGCUACUGCGCCAACUCCGGCACCGCCGCCGCCGCCGCCGCCUCCGUCUAAUACCUCAGUGACUAACGGACUUAGUAGCCACAGUCAUAGUCAUGGGCGAGCACCUCCCCCCCCUCCUCCUCCACCCGUUGGAGGGAUGCGCUCAACAUCGGAAAGCGUGUCAACAUCAGGCUCCCGACGUGGUGCUCCUCCACCUCCGCCCGCGCCUCGCAGAUCUGGCAAAACAGAACUUGUACAUAGAGAGCCAACACCGCCGCAAGAACCGGUUCCGCCACGACCACGAUUCAACGCUCCACCACCACUACCCGACGCUGGCAGAUAUGCUAAUGCCGAAUCCGCACCUCGAGCUCCGCCCGGACCGGCGCCUCCUCCGAGACCACCGAAGACCCCUAUGGAAGAGCAACAGGAAGAGAAACCUGCUGGGCAUAAAUUCGGCGUACCUCCCGCUUUUACUGGUCAAAGGCUAAAUAACGCACCUCCGCCAACACCGGCUAGAGGCCCGGUACCUCCUCCGCCGCCAAGGGAACAGCCUCAGGCAAUACCUCCGGCUCCUCCAGCUCCGCCAGCACCCCCGGGUCUGCCACCCAAACUGCCUGGUACGAGUGCACCGCCGCCGCCUCCCGCAGCUUCUCGACCUAUUCCAGCACCUCCCCCAAGGGGUAUGCCCCCGCCACCACUACCUGCGUCGAGCGCACCGACAGCACCGACCAUACCGGCGCCACCCCCGUUACCUCAAUCUUCUGCGCCGCCGCCGCCUCCACCUCUACCUGGUACUGGAGCUGGCGCACCUCCACCCCCUCCACCACCACCGCCACCUCCUGGCGGUGCAGGAAUCCCGCCUCCGCCUCCCCCACCUCCUCCACCUGGUGCCGGAAUACCAGCACCGCCGCCCCCUCCGCCUCCCAACCGCGACUCGGGUUAUUCUUCCGGGGUACCAGCCCCAGCUGCGCCAUCUGGAGAUCCCGGACGUUCCGCGAUGUUGGACGGUAUCCGGGGAGCUGGAGGAAUUGGGUCCCUCAAGAAGGUGGAUAGGAGUCAAAUUAGAGAUAGGAGCGCGGCCACAGUUGGUGGAGGAUCGGAUACGGGACCGCAUGGUAGUGGAUUGCCGCCCGCAGGAGUUGCCCCUGGAGGAGCUGGUGGUAACAUGGCUGAUGCGCUUGCUGCUGCUCUGCGGAGACGGAAGGAGAGAGUUCGUGAUAGCGAUGAUGAGAAGAGUGAUGACGAGUGGUAGAACCGCAUCCACAAAAUUCAUUCAAUAAGAUGAGGGCCAAGUUGGGCCGAUAUUAGGAUACGUUUAAGCAUGAGUACCUACUCAAUAUGGACUCUCAAAUGGGGUUCUAUUGGAAGAGAAGAACGCUACGAGACACCGCGGGACAAUUCACGACAAACUCAACGGAUUAUGAAUGUAUUCGAUUCGGAACGAAACUCCCACAGGCAAUUGCCUCGAUUUUUCUUCACAACGAUCGCAUCCGCCUACCUACCUACCUAAUUAUUAGUCUGCUAUACUCCAAAAAGACGGGCUCCCACAAGAUAUAUACAUAUAUCUACGUUAUGUAAUACUCUAUUAAGUGCGCAAAUCGGUUAGCGGGUAAUUAUGCUCCUAUUAGCUAUACCCAUGCCACCAGAACCGACUAUUGCGCCUAUAUGAUCGAAGGGCCAGAUCCGUCGCAUUACCGAGAAAGAGAAAGGGAGGUGAAUGAAUACUAUGUGGGGCAGAGAUUAAGUGUAGGACCUGUCAUCAUCACCAUCGUCCGG